GCUGCCUCCGACAGAGACAGUGAGGCAGUAGAGGCUGUGGCGAACAGACGCUAGGUCAGAGCGCUCAGACAAUCACAGGGGAGAGCGACUGGAGAAAAAAAAAAAAAAAAGACACAAGAAACGAGAGAAAGCAGCACCACAUAGAACAGACAGAUAGAAAAGAAGAAGGAGGUAGAAACAGGGGAGGGAGGUAAAUAUGUGACAGGAUGUGGUUUCCCUGAGCUUGCAGAACAUCAGCAUACUUUGAGCAUGACCUAAACACACCAAACGUACAAGUGUGUUUGAGCUCCGUUAGGUGGCGAGGGGGAAAAACCGCUGGAGCUGCUGCCGCCGAAGCUGAAGAGCUGACAGACGCUCUGGUUUUUCUGCUUUCAGCUGCGGGAGGACUGUGUUUCCUGUAUGAGAGCCAGCAGCUGCUCGGCAACCUCAGUGUAAAGCUCAUCGGACAAGGAUCUUAACCUCAACCUCCAUCCUCUGCCUCUGUUUUUGCGUCAGUCGUCUUCUGAGUAUAAUGCGUUUCUUCAGUGGAAGUCCAGUCGCAGCCUUCAACCAGUGAACUUUUUCAACUCAACUGUCAAACAGGUCAUUAUACACAGGUACUACCGGUCUGUUGAACCAUGGGCUGUGGGCUGCGUAAGAUGAAGCCGGUGUCGGAGGAGAACAGUCCAGGGAAGAUCUACUCCACCUUGAAGAGACCUCAGGUGGAGACCAAAGUGGGCGUCGCGUACACCUACCGCUACCUGGACUUCUUGAUCGGCAAAGAUGGUGGGACGUCCACGCUGCGCCUGUCCUCGGUCCGGGAGCUACCGGGUCAGCUGCAGGACCUGUACCAGCAGGGCUUUGUCUUAGCAGCCCUCCACCCCUUCAUCCACCCCUGUGGCCCCGAGUCCAACAGCCCCCAGCACCAGCUCUACCGGGCCAUCCUGGUCCGACUCAACGACGGGGUGGAGCGGACCCAGUCGGUGUGUCCUUCGUACCGUCUGCAGCUGGAGGACUGUCUGUCUGCUGAGCAGGUUCCCACUACAGAGCUCAUCCAGGGUUACGUCAAAAAGCAGAUCCAGGACGCAGCCGACCAGGGGGUGAUGUUCGUUGGAUUUAUUCAGGAACCUUACGGGGCGCCAUGCACCACAAUCAGAGAACCAGACACCCCCUCUCUGUCCCUGCACUCCAGCCCCAGCUCCAUCCUCGGCUCCCUGGGAAGCUGCAGCCCCUCCAACCCCUCCAGCCCCACAUAUCAUGGAGGGCCCAGAGGUCGGGAUGACACCGUGGACAAAGAGGGAAAUGCCUCACCGUGCACAGCUGGAGGAGGAGCACAGUGUGUGGAGAAGAACAGUGAGAACAUGGGGAACUGUUCAGGGAGGGUGGAGGCCGACGUGGCUUCAGCCCCGGCCUCGCCCACGUCGGAGGGGGGGCACAGUGAGGAGCUGACGGAGGAUGAGUCUCUGUGUCACAACAACAACAAAGCCGGCGGCGCAGAGACAAAAGAGAGGCCGAGGUACCGGCAGCGGAGAGGCGAUGGAGUGGAACUGCUGGCUCUGUACAACCACCCGCCGGUCCGAGAGGCCCAGGUGAAGUACUACACCGUCAAGGUGCCUCUGAGGGUGCAGAACUGUGAGGAGGGGGUGAAGGGGGUGGAGGCCAACUGGCUGGAUCACAUGACCCAGCACUUCAACAACGGAGCGUCACUGGUCGACGGGUAUUUCCACCUGGGGAACGUGAACGAUUUGCUGCCUAAGUCAGUGGAAAGCGUCUUCAUCUUCCAGGAGGCUAGUGAAACUGAGCCCAAUGUGGCAACCCCGACAUACGACGCCAUCGUCGUGGAGCAGUGGACCGUUAUUGAUGGCCUUCAGGUGAAGGCAGACUACAUUCCUCUGCUGCAGUCCUUGGCCACAUUCGGCUGGAGACUCACCUGUGUGCUGCCAACUCCAGUCAUCAAGACUAACAGUGAUGGAAGUCUGUCCACCAAGCAGAUCGUUUUUCUGCAGAGACCCGUCCUGGGCCGAAAGAGGAGGGAGUCCAAGAAACUGAUCUUCAAACCCAGAAGCAAGUCCAACAAGAACUGCAUUAAAGACACAGUGAAGAACAAGAAGAAGAAAAAGAAAACGGAGAAGGACGCCGAAGACCCCAAGAUCGUUGAAGACAGAGAAAAUGAUGUAAGAGGUGAGGGGCGGAGCUUGGAUGAAAGGGCGGAGCCUAUGGAGGAGGAGGCGGGAAAAGACAAUGAAGAAACAAGUGAGAGAAAAGCAAAGAGUGAGGAAGACGGAAAGAUUGACGACAGCAGUGAAAUUAAAGUAGAGACUGUUGGUAAGACGGACAAAGCAGCAGAAAUGAAAGCAGCAGAAGAAGAAGACAAGUCAGGAGGACCGACAGAGAAUGGAGAGCCUCUAGAAAUUCAGGAAAUUGUGACUGUGGAGACAGAUACCAAAGACGAGGAGGACGAGGUUAAAGCCGUGGUUGAAAACGGGGUCAAGUCAGAUGAAGACGACCACGACGACCAAGAGGAUCAAGCAGAAGAACCAGCGAGUGUGGAGGUUGUCACUAAGGAAGUUAUGGCCGAUCCACAGGCCACGCCGGCGGAGGGGACUCAGGAGUAGUCCCCAGUGGAGGUCCGCCCCCCACCCUACCUCUUCAGUCCCCCGUCUGAGGAACUGGUCCACACUGUUAUCCCUGAUCCAAAUUAACGGGGGCUUCAGUCUCCAUCGCUGCAGCAACCCCCCACCCCCCCCCAUCCUCAUUCAUCAAUAAACCCCCUGAAACCUGCUGCGGUGUGUAGCUUCAACACGCUGAGACGUGACCACAGAUGUCACCCUACUGUAAAACCACACAUACUGAAUAUAUAUACCCCAAAACCAGGACCAGGACCAGGACCGUCAAUGUGGAGCCACUGGAAGACACUGGGCGCUGGAAUCUGAUGAGAAUCACCCCCGUUUUUGUUUUUCUGGAGCAGAUCAAAGAUGGAAACAAAGAUGUGCUCCGUUGUUUUUUUUAAGAAUGUAACACAAUGUUUAACUUCAACUCACAACCUGAUAUAAACCAAUUAGACGAACCCAAAGUGUGUUGGAGCAGCUUCGUUCUCAAUAUUGGAGAUUCUUCGUACUAUUAUGGUUUGGUUCAAGCUUUCAGUCACAUCUACAGACCUUCAACGUUCACUAGUUUAGAGCUACAGCUACAGCUCUGUUUCCAUUUAUGCGUCAUACUUUUGAAAUGCUGCAAUAACGGAAGGUGCACAUUAGGCAUUUAACCCCUGAGUGGUUUAGAAGUAAACUGAUCUAAAUAGUGUCGUCAAAACAUGGCACUAUAGAUAUGUUACAGUUGGCUGUAAUAACCAGACUAGAAGCACAGCGUUUCGUGUAUUCAUUCUAAAAUUUCUUUUGCUUUCUUUUCAGUAGCUAAUAAUU